AUGGAACCUAUAGAUGAUACAGAAGAACUUGUACGUAUUCGCUCAUCUCAAAUUGAUAAAGAACGUUUAGGACUACUAACACCCACGCGUAAUGCUGCUAAUUAUCGUGGUGAAACAUCAGAUGAUUAUUUUGAGCAUAUUUUUCAGGAAGAACGUGAACUUCGAGAAAGGGAACUUGCAUUAGCUCAAGAGAAGGAAUAUUUGGCACACAACCUUAAGCAACGACUUUCACUCCUUUUGUCUGAUCCAGAGGAAGAAAUAAGAAGUGGAAGCACUUAUUCUUCUAAAAAAUCUUCACGACGAACUGAUACGGAUAAACUACAAUACGACAAUGUCAACUACAAAUUCCCAGAUGUGGGUGAUGGUAUGAAUCGUAUAAGUGCAUACGUUAGUGGUAAUUGUGGUAGUGCUAGUGGUAAUACUAGUGGUAUCCAUCCCCGCAGUGAUUAUGGAAUUUGUCUUCGUGGUGUUUCUCCUGUUCUCUCUUCUCAACGGCCACCUCCUCCUAUUAUGCGUAUUCAGCCACUGCAGUCUCCUUCUCCCCCCGCUGGCAUGAUAUCGCGACUGCAGCAACGACAGCCGUUUACUUUACAACAACGAAUAAAUCGUACCAACGCAGGAGUACAAACAGAACCAGCUACGGAGGAACCCACAGGUGGUAGACCUCUCACUAUUGAACGUGAUGAAACAUACAGUAAACGGAUUCCUUCACCACAACAUGGGGCUUCAUCCACAUCAAGUCUGAGUCUCCCAUGUGAAAGUGAAGCAUCCUCAGUAGAAGGAACAGCAGAGACACGUUCUGGACAUGAACGUGAGAAGACAAAGCCUAGCAAUACACCUAAAUUAAAAGGUAAAAAGAAGUUGGCUCAUAAACCUACAGAGAAAGGAAUGCUAGUAGAUAUCUCCAAUAAAAGUGUUGGAAGAGAAGAAGUAGGAACAAAAAGUCCUUCUCAGCAAAAUGAAAGAGGAAGAAGUGUAGAGACAACAUUGUUGUAUAAUGAUAAUAUGCAAACUCCUCCACCUCCAGUAAAUGAAACAGUGGUUGAAGGAAGUCAUACGAGUCAUAAGGUUUUAUCACCUAUGCCGCAUCUUAACAGGGAUUCAAAAGGAGUUAUUGUCUUUUCAUCUACUCCAGUGUACACACACCAGAUAUCAUUGUCACCACAUUCAGGAAGUCACAGAGUAGAUGCAAAUGAGAGUAGAACUACUACAGUGUCAGUAAACCGUGAAAACCAGAAGAAUAAUAACACUAAGAAUACUAACUCUAAUAAAAAAAGUAGCACCACCAGUUACAAAAGCACUAGUGGUAAUCAACAACCAUCCACUCAAUAUGGUGUAGAAGCUAUGACCUUUGAGCCAUCAAUCACUUCUCCUCGAACAGCACCAUGGUAUAUUCCCACAUCUAGAGUUCUAGAGCACUCAGAAUUCAAAAACCUCCUCUGCGGUAAUUGGAUGCCGCCACCGCCGCAGUCUGUAAAUGUAGAGGAAACUCACCCAACAGAUCCUCCAACGGAACAGAUGGAGGAUGUACCUAUUAAUUCUCCAUCUGAUAUUAAGGAAGCCUCUCUUCCCCCCAUGUCCCCUGCUGAAAUGAGGCAAGAUGCUACACCAGAAGCAGCAGAUUAUAUUGUACAGUUUCCUCAUCUACCCGAUAUGCCACCACCAGGGAAGCAACGAAAGAGAAAGUGUCACUGUAAAUGUUGUGGAGGCUGUGGUGGCUGCAGUCACUGUGGUCGCUGUGGAAAUUGUGAUAGCUGUGGUCACUGUGGACGCUGUGGAGACUGUGAUGGCUGUGGUGGCUGUGGAGGCUGUUGCUCAUUUUGGCCCUGCUUUCGUUUUUCUCGUCACUUUCCAUUCCUAAAGUGUGGAAAGAAAAAGAAGAAAAAUAGAGGAGGAAACGUGUAA